GCCGGCGUAGCCCCGAGCCGAGCGACAUCAGCAACGAGCGCAGCACCCCGGCCCGAGGGCACAGCGUGGGCACAGUGGGCACAGUGGGCACAGACUGGGCGCAACCCGGGCGCAACCCGGCCGGCGUCGUUCCGCCUUCCGCCGCCGCCGCCGCCGCCGCCUCUGAGUCUUUGCUCCACCAGCACCAGUGCAGUCAGCGACUGUCAGUGUCACUCAGCCGGAAGGAAGAAACGGGACGGUCGGACAGCGCAGCGCAGCACAGCACAGCACAGCACAGCAGGCAGCCCGGCCGGCCGGCACGAUCAUGGAGUUCGAGAGCAAGGCUGCAGGCAUGGAGCUGUCGGAUAUCCCCUUCCCGAUCCCGCCCGCGGACGACUUCUACGACGACCCGUGCUUCAACACGAGCGACAUACACUUCUUCGAGGACCUGGACCCGCGGCUCGUGCACGUGGGCCUGCUGAAGCCCGACGACCACCGUCACCAUGGCAACGACGCCGAGGACGAGCACGUGCGGGCGCCCAGCGGCCACCACCAGGCCGGCAGGUGUCUGCUGUGGGCGUGCAAGGCGUGCAAGAGGAAGACGACGAACGCGGACCGCAGGAAGGCGGCCACGAUGCGCGAGCGCAGGCGCCUCAGCAAGGUGAACGACGCGUUCGAGACCCUCAAGAGGUGCACGUCGGCCAACCCGAACCAGAGGCUGCCCAAGGUGGAGAUCCUGCGCAACGCCAUCAGCUACAUCGAGUCCCUGCAGGCCCUGCUCCGGGGCCACGACUCGGACAGCAGCAGCUUCUACCCGGUGCUGGAGAACUACAGCGGGGACUCGGACGCCUCGAGCCCCCGGUCCAACUGCUCGGAUGGCAUGCCGCCGAUGGAUCAUUUCAGCGGCCCAACAUGCGCGUCCAGGAGAAGUAAGAGCUACGACAGCGUCUAUUUCAACGACACCCCCAAUGAUUCCAGAGGUAGUAAGAACUCCGUCAUUUCCAGUCUGGACUGUCUCUCCAGUAUCGUGGAGCGCAUUUCCACGGAAAGCUCCCCCGCUGCCGCGCUGCCGGAGGCCUCCGACUGCAGCCCCUGCUCCCCCGCAGGGGGGUCCGUCCUGGGCCUCCAGUCCCCCCCCAGCUGCCCCCAGGCCGCGCAGGACCUGGACCCCAUCUACCAGGUUUUAUGAAGGACCUCGGGAAGAAGACACAUUCUUAAUCGCAGAUAAAUUCCUUGGAAACAGAAGAAGAGAAUAAAAUGAAGUUACAAUUGGGGGUGCAACGAAAAUGCAUACUUUCUUUUUUUUUCUUUUUUUUUUUUUUUCCCCCAAGCUCAAAAUCAUUGUCUAUGUUACACGAAUGAGCCGCUCUAAUUUUUGUCAUGUAAUUUCCUCUUACCCAGAUUUUGCAAGUCUCAGUCACAGAUUUGUAUGUUUUGCCGUUUCACAUUUGAGGUUUUCAUAUUAAUUUGAACUGGUUUCACCGUCUGUUAACGAAUCUCUGCCGUCCAGUCACACUUACGGUUUUCACACAUUGCGACUUUCUCCCAAGACCAUUAUUAUGAACAACAUUUAUAUUGUGUCACUGUUUCGCUUGUCUUCAUAUUUGUCACCAUAAGAAUCAUUCGUAAUUUAAUGUUCAAUACGAGGACCAUUUUUGUAUAUUUGUACAUAAGAGCUGGUUGGUUAUGACACUAUUUAAUGCUGCUUGUUGAUGGCGAAGCUUGGUUUGUUGUGCCAGAUGCAAAUUUAUAUUUAUAUAUCUUAAAACUGAGUUAAUGUGGACGCUUCAAUAAAAGAACGAUAUUUAUACAGAUU